AUGGGUUGCUCUCUUUCUUGUUCCGAUUUGAUGAGUGAGUGGGCGUGAGUCCAGGAAAGGAAGUUCCAAUCAACUUCCCUCCUGUGUUGAUAUUCGCCAGUGGACAAGAGAAGGGAUUUUUUUCAUUAACGGUCUAUUGAAAAUAAGAAUUAAAAUUUCAAUACAGGAUGCGUAAUCACCCAUCUUUACAAUAUAUCCAGCAUUGAUUUUCUCCACGGAAAAGAAUGAGCUGUUACGAAAAUCCAUAAUAAAAGUGUCAGUUUUCGGGUGCAAAUCAACCUUCCUCAUGAUUACAGAUAUGAAUAAAAAAGAGUUGCCUUGAAUUGAUCGAACUAAGUUUUUAUGAUAAAUUUACAAUUGUUUCUAGAGCAAAGGGCUAAUUUGCACUCUAUACGUGCCUAAGUUUGCGCAUGUCGGACAGCAUGCUGGGAACAGGGAUUUUUAGACUUUUACUGCAGGGUGCGUCAGCCUCGGUACCGCGUUGUAGACGAAACGGAAGCUGACUCAAAUAUGGCGGCACCUUUACCGCCUGAAGUCGUUCGGGGCCAAGCAUUCGAUGUAGGACCUCGCUAUACGAAUCUCAGUUACAUAGGAGAAGGGGCUUAUGGAAUGGUUUGGUAAGGAGGCCGCUGUUGACACCAAAUGUUUCGUUCUCCCAGCCAAUUCGAACGGAGUGUAGCUUCGCAACUGUAUUCGAUUUGCUCUGCAUUUACUUGAGUGAAAUUAUAACGUUUCAUGUUCUUGCUCUUUUUCUUUUUUACACAGUUCAGCGCUGGACAAUGCCACAGGACAGAGAGUGGCUAUUAAGAAAAUCAGUCCUUUCGAGCAUCAGACGUACUGUCAACGGACAUUGCGAGAGAUUAAGAUAUUACGUCGAUUUAAACACGAGAAUGUAAGUACUGUAAAAAAACACGAGUGAGGUUUGUAGACGGACUCUUGAGAGGAACGUGACGCGUAUGGGAACAUUCCAUCAGCGCUUUAGAAUUUUUAUUACGUGGGUCGUGUUUCUCUCGUUGUAGCAUUUACCAUCUUCUUCACGUACGUGUUAUGCAUCUUAGACCCAGUAGUCGAUAAUUUCCUUCCUUUCUGUGCAGAUCAUCGGAAUAAUGGAUAUAAUCCGCGCUCCAAACAUUGAUGACAUGAAAGAUGUGUAUCCUUUGAGAACUACGUUAAGUAUUACGACCAUUUCUCUAGAAAUUUCUGAUUUUCAAUGUUGGUUAAGUUCGGUAGUAACACGAGCCGAACAAUUACACUAUAAAUUUGCUUAUCUUAAGCAGCUUUUCAAAGCAUGGAAAUCAAAAUGUUUUAAAGAAUGACGUAGUGUAAACUAAGAGUCACCCUAUGCGUAUUAAUUUUACGAAAUAUUUGUAAAAAUGUGCUUAAUUUAAGUUUUACUUCCAUUUCUUAGCAUGUCGUGAGUGCAAGAAUACUUAAUGCAGCGAAACAUCACAUAUUGCUACAUUUUGCGAUCCGCAACAGCGAUUUUCUCCAAAAGCCUUCUUAUUUUUUGUUGUUUCUCCUCGUAAGCAUGCUAUAUUCAUAUUUUUAACCGCAGUACCGAGUGCCUUCCUUUAACAACUGUACUACUUCACUUAAAGCGUCAUGAUUUUCAAAUUAAAACCCAAAAUGAAUUUUUUCAUUCAAAAUGCGUUAGUUACAACCGUCAAGCUUUGUUUUGAGCCACGAACACUUUCUCAACCAAAUUAUUUUCCCGUUUCAGUUUUAAAAUAGUGCCGUGACUGUCUCCUUUGAGGGUAAAGCUCAUCAAAUGUACUCAACUGUUUACAUUGCUCUUAUUUCAAAACAUUAUAUUGUUGUGUCUUUACAUCUGUUGUCGUUUAUUGCUAAAUGUUUGUGAUGUCUGCAUUUCAGAGUUGUUUGAUCAAUAAACUGUUGUUGAUCAUAACGAGAGUUCUUGUGUGUCUUUUCCAAAGUGCCACUGAGACAUCGCAGCAUUGCAGAUUGAUUAUAUACUGAUACAAAAAUUCUCAUGCAGGGGACAUUUUGAAAUAAAAAUGACUUAUUGGCCAAGUUACAACUACAUGUCUGAGUGGUCUUAAUCAUUUGUAACAUCUGCACUUUAGAGAAAAUACUCUCUGUUAACCAAUCACAUAGGAGAAUAAUUAUUGUUCUGGUGAACCAGAUGUUCCCUCACAAGCAAACAUCUGGGAGGAAGAUUUGCAAAGAGGCUUAUACUUGUGCCAAUCUACCAUUGUAGGUUCUUUUCCUUAACCUGAAUUUUUCCAUCUAGCUACAUUGUUCAGAGCCUGAUGGAAACAGAUCUGUAUAAGUUACUCAAGACACAGAAAUUGAGCAAUGACCACAUUUGCUACUUCCUAUACCAGAUCUUGCGUGGACUAAAGUACAUCCACUCCGCUAAUGUGCUUCACAGGGAUUUGAAACCAAGUAAUCUCUUGCUGAACACAACAUGUGAUCUCAAGGUAAUUUUACAGUAAGAUACAAAUUUAUCGAUUUUUGUGUGACAGAUCCCUUGUCUGCUUGAAAAAUAUUGUAGUCGAAUAGUUGAAAAUGUUCUUUAAACUUUAAAUUUAUGGUAAAGAAAAGAGGUAGAAGCCUUUUACCAAUAGAACUAACAGCUGUAACAGAGUAAAUGGUUUUGAUUGCACUAGUGACAGUUUAUCAUGUUCUUUGUUUGUUUGGGUUGUGGUCAGUCCUAAGAAAGACUGUUGUUAGUCUCUGCAACCACCAUUUUUAACCUGAGUACAAGUCAGUUUUGAUGAACCAUACUUUGAACUCUUAACCCUUUAACUCCCACGAGCGACCAAGACAUAAUUUCUCCUUACAAUAUCAAUACAAUAUUAAGGAGACAAGUGAUGAGAAUAAAGAAAAAGAUCAAUUAGGGGAUUAUAAGUUGAUCCAAUCCCAAAUUCUCCAAGCUAACUUCGCAAGAACUGUAUAGCAGACAGUAAGGAGAAUUACCAAUGAGAUCUUGGUAGUUGAAGGGUUAAUACCCUAACACGUGUAUACAUAUUCUCCAUACUGUCCUGAAUUCCUAUGAUUAAAAGGAGAAUUUGUUUAUCAGAAACCUUUUGAAUUGGGAAUCAUACAUAUUCUUGUGGCGUUAACUUUUUAACAUGGGGGAUACUGAAAGGAGAAAUUAGAAGGUAGAGGUUUAAGGGGUAAUCAUGUGUAACUAUGGAUUUAUCCAGAAUGUUUUUUAUUGACUCUGAUGAUGACUUCCCCACACGUCAGCAAAUUGUCACUGACUUUCAGUUACUGACCAGGGUCUUUUCCAAAAUUUUUGAAUAGCUGGAAGAACAUGUGAAAAGCUAAGAACCAAAAUCACAUCAUAGCAACAAUGAAAAUAAAUGCUACAAUGACUGAUUGUGAACUGCUGGUCUAUAACACAUUGAAAAAAACGUCGUAAACUAGGACUAUGAGUAAAUUUGCCGAAACUGUUUAAAAAAAAACCCUCUUCCCAUAAGCACUUUAGCUACAGCACUGAAUAAAAUAGCUGUGACAGAUAUUAAACAGUUGAAUAAAGUAAAGAUCAUAGUGCCGUGGCUUCAACAAAAAACUCUGAACAACAGUCAAUCAGACAGUACAUAACUACAUGUACUUGCAACCAGACAAUCAGGCAAUAAAGUAAAUACUGCUGCUGAACUAUUUACAUGUUUUUGUUGUGUUUGUUUUCAGAUCUGUGACUUUGGCCUGGCCCGUGUAGCUGAUCCUGAACAUGAUCACACUGGGUUUUUGACUGAGUAUGUUGCAACAAGAUGGUACAGAGCUCCUGAGAUCAUGCUGAACUCCAAAGGUUACAGCAAGGCUAUUGACAUCUGGUCUGUGGGCUGCAUUCUUGCAGAGAUGUUGUCAAAUCGCCCUCUGUUUCCAGGAAAGCAUUGUAUCCUUGAAUUUACUGAAAAACUUUUACAAUGUUAAAAGCGAUCAGCUGAUCAGAAGAUGAGAGCUGACUCAUAAUGUAACACUGACCCUUUUUGAUAACAGGGUUGUGUAGGCAUCUCAAUUCAUGUCAUUAACUGGAUGUGCUAUUUAAUUUGGAGAAAUGAGCUUUUGUUCUUGAGAGUCUAAAGAUUUUAUCCAUAGAGGCUUUUAAUACAUGUAGAUCAAACAUUUUCUUGAAAUGUUUUGUUGAAGUUAGAUACUAUUUGCACCCUAAUUGCAAAUCUUUAUAAGGAUAUUGGAAGAAACACACUCCAAAUUCUUUUGUUUGUGGAGUGAUGAUUCAGUAAGAUGAGUACUUUAAAAAACAUGCACAGAGCCUUCUCUGUUAUAGUUUAAAAUUCCCAAUACGCCUCCAAGUAGUGAUCAAGGGUUUCCUAUCAGUGGGCCCUUGGGAUGGUAGGGCUUCUUCAAGAUGGGAUCACACUGAAGGCAUCUAUAGAUCCACAUUUACUUCACAAAGGACUUCAGUUGCCAAUUGACUAUAUUGUCAAAAUAGGGGUCCUCAGACAUUCAUGCAAAUACUUCAUGUUGUAUUCAACCCUUUAACUCCCAAGAUCUGAUUGUUAACUCUCCCCUCUAACUGGUACAUAUUUCCCUGUACAUGUAUAUAAGUUCUGAGAGUUUGGAGUUAGAUCAAGAUAACUUCUUUCUGAUUAGUCUGAGUAUUUUCAUUACCUGUUGGCUGGAUAAUGUAUGGAUAUGAUAGGGAAAAGUUACAAGUAAAUCACUUGUGGGAGUUAAAGGGUUAAUAAUAGGGUAAAUCUUUCUCUAUCUCUUUUUUUAGGGAAGUUGCCUGCCUGUAUGCCUCAGUAUGCUUAUUUUAGUAUGUUUCUUUAUCUUACCUGUUGUUACAAAAUGUAUAUUAUAGGAACCGUACAGUUAUUGUUUUCUUUACAAAAGUUGUGUACAGAUUUAGAUCAGUUGAACCGCAUUCUUGAAGUUUUGGGGUCCCCAUCACAGGAAGAUUUGCAGUGUAUUAUGAAUGAAAAGGUACAGUAUUACACACUAGUCUGCAUGUGUUUUCUUAGGUAUGAUUUUAUAUUUGUGACAGUUUUACAGUGUUUAUUUAAGUACAGCUAGCAAUUGCUCAGAAGCAAGUGAUACAGUUUAUCAGAUAGCAGGUGUUGAAUGGAACACAUUAAAACUGAUAAAAUUCUAUCACUUGCCUGGAAAACUGCAUACAUGUUUGUCAACUGAUUUGCUGAACUUGUACAUGUAUAUUGGAGGGUUUUCUUUGUUUUUGUAGUUUUUGUUGUUGCUUUUGUUUUGUUUUGUUAUUUUAGCAUGUGCAUGUGUACCUGUUACAUGUGGUUAGUUGUAUAGUUAUCUACAGUGUAUCUUUGGGCAUAUAAAGCAAUCUGCAUGUAGCCUUGCCUUCUGAUGUUGUGCAAUUGAUAUCUGGUGUGCAAUUGGUCUCUUAUCAUGUCCCAGAACAACCCAUACUUAACAACAGUACCCUUUUAAUAGUGUUUUUUUUAAUUCUUUCAUUUGCCCAGGCACGUAGUUACAUCCAGUCAUUAGCCUUUAAACCAAGAGUUCCAUGGCAAAGAUAUUUCCCUGUAGCUGAUAACAAAGGUACCAAUUAGAUGUAUAUGGCUUCUCUGUGCUCUUAAUAACUAUCGACAUCACAUCAGUAAUAUGUUGUCUGAUGCAGCCUUUGGUUUGCAACUCUUACACUGAACAGGACUUGAGAGUGCAACUGAUAUGUGCACCAAUGCAACUACAUGUAAUAUUUUCUCUCUGAAAGCUGAAAGUUGUGGUCUAGUCACCACAUUGGCAACUAGAUGUUUGUAUGUUUCAAGUUAAAUAUUCAACGAGUCAAGUCCAAAAGUACCUCAUAAAUGCAAUGUCCAAUUUUACUUUUGCUAUGUAGUGUAAUUAACAAACAAAAUUCUUCUCUGUGACUUGAACAAUUAACAUGCAAACAAUAACAGAAAUAGAUCAACUGUAAUUCAAUUUGACUAGUGUAAUUAUAUUGUAAUAUAUGUAUUGUAAGUAGUGCAAGUUAAUGUAGUGUAAGCAUCGUGUAAGAAGUAAGUAUAGUGUAUGUACAUAUGUAAGUAUAAUAUAUAGGGGAAAAAAUUUUUUAAAAAAAUUUACAUUUGCUUUUGGAAAAAAAGGAAAAUUUGUUCGAUUGGUGUGAAAAUUUUCACUUUGGAUAUUUCUAUUUUGACAAUAACUCAUAAUUUCUUCAUAUAAUAUUGAUACAAGGCCAAGCAUACAAGUAAUGAGACCAAUGGAAAUUUUUAAUUGGGGGAGUAUAAGUGGAUAUCAAAUUCUCCAAACUAACAUUUUGAGAAGAGUGUUGCUGUAAGGAGAAAAACUAACGAGAUCUAAGGAGUGAUAGGGUUAAAUAUUGUACCUGACUGCAGUUGUUUAAGGCUAUUCAUUAACUGUCUAUCUGUCCUUGUUUACAGCUAUAGAACUGUUAGAUAAGAUGUUAACUUUCAAUCCCGACAAACGGAUCACAAUAGAGGAAGCUCUGGCUCAUCCUUACCUUGAGCAGUACUAUGACCCACAAGAUGAGGUAAGGAAGGAUUUGUUAGCUUAAUGCUCUGUAUGCAAAAAACAUCAAGUUAUCACUUCCUUGCUUGACUAUGAAACUUACAUGUACUGUACAUGUAAAAGUGAACACAGGUUUUUUAUUUUAAAAAAAUAUAGUUCCUGCACAUAGAGCACUCCAUUUGUUUUGGAAAAUGAAUCUCUCAAAACAAUCAUAAAUCAAUGUCAUUUGAGAUCUUAGCAGAAGUCAUCAUCAUAGUUGACUUUGAUGAUGACUUCCACUAAGGCUGUCAAGAUGUUAAUUGCCACCACUCACAACAGUCCUUUCCAAGAUAGCCCUCACCCUGACAAUCAGAAUACAUGAUCUGAUAUUUGUAUUCGACAAAGGAGAAGACAUACUAAUUGUGAUGUUUUUACGGAAAUCACUCUCAAGGGUUUUAUGGACCAGUCCUAAGGGGAUUGAAUGUGAUGCCAUGUGAUUUCAGGUAUUGGGCGCCAUUUUGGACUGGCUGGCUGGCUGGCUACAUGGCACAAAUAGCCUUGGUCUCAUGUGCAAAUUUUUUUUUGGCUGCCGAGAGCUGAAGACAUAGUUUUUUUUUUUCUGUGCAAUCUGUACAAUAAAAGAGUUUUACUAGAGAUCAAAUGCACUUUACUAAUUUUUGAUUAUUACUAGUUUAAAUAAUAAAUUUGAUUGUCCUGUUAUUAAACCAUACAGUACCAGUAAUAAGUAAUUUUUACCUUCACAGCCUGUGGCAGAGGAGCCAUUUAGAUUUGAAACUGAGCUGGAUGAUCUUCCCAAAGAAAAACUUAAAGGUAAUAAAAUUAGGUCAGGUGUUAUGCAAUGUGCAUAGUUUAUCUUAGACCCUUUGUCCAGAUUAGUUCCCAGUCUGGAGUGUAAUCUUCAUUUUAACAAUACAACAUGACACCUGCAAUUACCUGCCCCCAACCCCCCCUGUUAUUUUUCAUUUCCCAUUCGACCACUUACUAUCUCUUUCAACAAUCUUUUUCAUGACUGCUCUACCAUCACUGAGACCAUCACUCUUCCAUAAGACUGAUCACUUUAGGUUUUGAUUAUACUCUCCUAUGUGUGUGAAAAAAUACAUAUAUGUUGGUUACACAAUAACAUUUUUUCCUGUUUUUCCUGUUAUUCUGUGUAGAACUUAUUUUUAUUGAGACUGCUAGCUAUCCUGGGUCACCCUACCUUGGUGACUUUCACCAUGGCCAACAGUGAGGCAUAGAAUGUGAUAUUUGAAGAGGUAUGUUUUUUUCUAAGUGGUAGGUCUUGUCUGUGUGUCUGUUUCUUCAGACCUCUUUGCAUUAUACAGCCUUUAAUUUGUGUUGGUUUUGUUUGUCAGUAUGUAUGACAUGUAUAUAUGACAUGUCUAUUGAACUGGAUGUCUACUGCUACUGUAGUGGCACUUUUUCUUUUGAUUAAAUUUAAUGUAUAGCUAGCUCCUUGCACAAGCAAUAUCAACAAUUCCUGUGUUCCACUUUUCUUAGCUCACUUUUUUGGCAACAGGAAAUCACUUUAUAUUCGACCACAGCAAAACAAAAACAACAACAGUAUAGGUCAUCUAAACCUCAACCUGAGUCAGUUAACCUUUUAACUCCCAGAAGUGAUCAAUAUGAAACUUCUCCUAGUGAUAUCCUAACACUAUCCAGCAAACGGCUAAUGAGAAUAUUCAAACUUAUCAGGGAGAAGUUGUUGUCUUGAUCUAACGACAACUUCUCAUAACUAAUUUACAAGGAUAUGUGUAGCAGCUAGAGGAGAGAAUUACCAAUCAGAUCUUAAGAGUAAAAAAGGGUUAACUUAUAUUUGUUGUAGAGACCUGCCUAUCAUUAACACCCUCCCCAUGUACGUUUCUAUUUUCAAUUUAAAAAAAAUUGACUCGUUGUAAAUUAUUGGCAAUGGCAAAAAACUUUGUUUAACACACUGGGGCUGGUUGAAUCAACAACACACUGAAGACAUGUACUGUCUAGUGUAACUGCCACUGUUGCUUGAAUGUGCUGUCUGUGGCUUCAACUUGCUAAUACAUUGUUUAUUGGUAUUUCUGAGAUACUGUAUGCUGCAGUAUGAUAUUUUUCUAACUGUCCCUAUUGGCAUCCAACCAGGGUCAGUGCUUCACAUGUUCUUAUUCAACUGAUUUCCUUUAAGUCCAUGUUUACUUGUAAAUGAAAUUAAAAAUUAGUAUUUACUUGUAAUGCAUAGUUUAUGGUCAUGCUAGGUGUCAAAUUAACUUUAAGUUCAAACAUUCCUUUUUUUUUUCUUGUUUUUAGGAAGACUUCUAUAAAUCAACCUGUACAACAACCUAAGAAGUGAAAACUGUGAAAUUUUAUUGUAAAAUUUAUACAUGUAGUUUUUCAUGAAGAUUAGGUGUGUCACAUGGAGUAUAUUCACAAUCACUCCUUUGUCAGAAACUUUGCAUUCAUAUCUCUGUAAUAUAUUAACAGUGAUUUUUUUUGCCUAAUUUUGUAGUAUCAUGUAAAGAUGAUUAUUGCCUUCCUUUUGCUCUAGCAUGGCUUGCAAGCUGGGUUCCUUAGUUUCAUUCAAUCCUUGUUUGGUGGCCCUUGAAAAACUUGAGAGAGGGAAACAACUUGGGGUUUUUUCGGGAGUGAAUGAAAACAAACCCACCUUUGUUUAUGUACUGUCCAGUCUAUGCUUAAAUUGUUGUGGUAUUUAUGAGCUUUAUUACCUUUUCGUUGUGGUUACAAUUUAAACGUCUCAAUUUAAUCAAUACUGUUCAUCUGAUUUGUGUCUGAAUUGUUUGCAUUCAGUGUACUAUCUAAAGGUUAAUUCAAACUAAAGUGUAUGGGUAAUGAGAACCAGGAAAGCAACAGACACUAAACACCAAUUGCAUUAAAAUUAUCAUUUUUGGGGAACUUUUUUUGUCCUUAUUGGUUAUGUUGAAUUUUUUAGAUGACUGACUUGCAAUAUUAUUUAAAGUGUACUAAUCUAAUUUUGUUUGUGUUGUUGUCCUUUUUCCAUUUUGUAUCUUUGUGGUUCAUGUUGUGGACAGCAACUAAAGAUUGAAUCUCUAAAAACCUUGUGUACAUGUACCAGAAAUCGUAAUCAUAUGGGGGUUAAAAUUGACUUUCAUCCCAGAACAAAACUUUUUUUUGUUUUUUUUUUUUUUUUAAGAGAAACUCCCCAUAAUAUUUUGGUUCUUCUUCAUGACUUCUCUAGAUCUCAAUGGAAUAAUUGUUACAAAGCCUGCCUUUGUUUCGACAUGUUUUUUCUAAAGUUGUUACUGUAGCUCUGUGCCUUGUCAAUCAAGGGUUAAUCUGCCAAUUCCUGUCCCUUUUUUUUUUCGCAAACUAUCGGUUUAAUGGCACUCAAUUGAUUCUGAUCCCAAAGGUUGAGCUGCACAUGUUAAUAAUCAUAGUAAAUUUGAACUAAACUAGUAGUAAUAUGAAGUAGAUGUUAAAGAUCUUUAAUUGUGUAGUAUUCAAAGUACAGUAGUUAUUGAUAACAGACUUCUGGCAAUAGAUAAUAAAUUCAGUGAUGUGAUUAUUUAAUUGUGGCUCAUAAAAGUAAUGAGUAUUUGUAUGUGCACAUGCGACUGAAUUUUGUGUUGCUAUGUAUUACUUGACAGGUUUACAUUGGCCAUAACGCGCGCG